GUGGAUGCAAGUGCAACGAACAGCAUGCUUUUACAGUCACUUAAACCUUCUUUCCACACAAAUGUGGAUUGUAAUGCACUAGUUGCAGCUGUAGUUCAUAGGCAGGUCCAUGUUGUCAGUUUGCUCCUUCAGAAUGGUACUACAACGGAUUUUGAAGUACAGCUUGGAGCAUGGUCAUGGGACAUUUCGACUGGUGAAGAACUUCGUGUGGGUGCCGGACUGGGAAAACCAUAUGGCAUCACCUGGCGUGCAAUUGAGUAUUUUGAAAAUAGUGGUGCUAUAUUAAGCUUGCUCCUGCAACAUGUCUCCUCAAAUGGUUUUCACCGUGGCAGAACCAUUCUACACCAUGCUAUCCUCUGGGAAUGUCGAGGCUGUUAGGAUACUCUUAGAAUGUGGUGCUAAUGUAGAAUCCAUAGUCAAAACAACCAGCAAGACAGAGUUCCGUCCUAUACACAUGGCCUCUCGUCUAGGCUUACCCGGAAUAAUUCAAUGCCUUAUUGAUUUUGGUUGUGAUUUGAACUCUCUUACCGACUCUGGUGACACAUCUUUGAUGAUUUUUGCAAAAUAUAAGCAAGAGGAGUGUCUCAAAGUACUAACAAGAGCUGGUGCUGAUUUUGGCUUGGUGAAUAUUGCGGGUCAGUCUGCAAGUUCAUUUGCCGAGUAGUACAAGUGGUCACAUGGUUUCCACAAGCAGUGUUGCAAGUUCAUCUCGAAGUAUUUUAGCUGUUUUGGGACAUAUUUUGAUAUAUGGUGACACAUCUGGAUCAUCAAACUUUUUUAACAACUUACUUGCAACAAGUACAAUACUUGAAAAAUUGAGAAUUUCUUUUCGUGCCCUGUCCUUUUUUUGCGCCCUCUGUCUUUCUAAUUUUACCUUCUUCGCUGGUUAAAUAGCAAGCGUGUAUAAAGAGCUGCGUAUAUGGACCAAGGUUUACGGUCCGUCCCGUUUA